AUGUUUCAAUCUUUGGGGUCUAAUUUUUACCAAACAAUCGGUUGUUUUGCCUCCAAAAGUGAAGUUAAAGGAGUAACUAUAGCUCAAUUGGUUUUAAAAGCUAUAUCACUUUUGAAAAAUAUUGGUAUUUCGGUGGAUGGAAUUGUUUGUGAUGGAGCAACAACCAAUAGAAAAAUGUGGUCUGAAUUAGGCAUAGUUGGUUCUCAAGAUGGCAUGAAAAAUUAUUUUGAACACCCUUCUAUUCAUAACAAAAGAGUUUAUGCAUUUUCGGAUUUUGUACACCUUUUCAAGUGUGUUCGAAAUCGUCUUUAUAAUAAUAAAACUUUAAGACUUCAUUCAGAAUCUGAUAGUGUUGCCUGGGGUUAUUACAGAGAGGUGUAUAAAGAAGAUACUAAACAUCCAGCAAAUCUUAGAAUAGCUCUUAGAAUAACACCCCAACACCUUGAUCUUACCUCUAUGGCAAAAAUGAGAUUGAGACUUUGUACACAGGUACUAAGUAUGAGCAUGGCUAAAGCAAUGAGAUACUACAAGAGUAAAGGUUGUGUUAUGCUAAAAAGUUCUGAUGAAACAGCCAAUUUCACCGAGUUCUGGAAUAAUCUUUUUGACAAUUUAAAUCGUAACUUACCCUGGCAAGGGUUAAAACUAAAUGACCUUGAUGGAUUUAAAGACGCACUAUACUAUAUAGACUGUUGGGAAAAUGAAAUGUUUGCUGGUCAUAUUAAUCCAGAAGAGUUCCUUACAAAUCAAACAGCUGAAGGGUUAAGGAUUACAUUAAAUUCAACUAUUGAUUUAUCAAAAUAUUUGUUAGAGUCGUGUAGUUUUACAUAUGUAUUAACUGGGAAAAUGUGCCAGGACCCUCUUGAAAAAUUUUUUGGUAUAAUAAGACAAAGUUGUGGACCCAAUGAUCACCCUACCACACCAACGUUUUUACAUUUGUAUAAAAUACUUUCGGUUUUAAAACCUCCAAAGUAUGGUAAUUGCUCUGUUACUUCUACUGAUACUCCACAAAUUUCUUUGGCAGAUUUACAUGAAAUAUUUCAUAAUAAGGUCAGCUGUAGAAUAGAAAAAAUUAAUAAGUUGAAAAUUAAACUUGAUGAAUUGAUUGAAGAAGGUCUUUGGGAACCGUGUGACAUUCUUCCAAAUUGUAGUAACAAUGAAGAAUGCAGUAUAAGAGACUCCAUUGUAUAUUAUGUUUGUGGCUUUUUUAAGACUUGCAAUGCUAAUCAUCCUGCUGCUGAGCUUGUUUCCCUGAAAACCAAUGGAAAACUUAUUUAUCCUAAUACUUAUUUAUAUGAAUUUUUAAGUACUGUAGAACAUUCGUUUUCAUUAUUUUGUCACGAAUAUGAUGGAUUUGAUAAAGUUGUUGAAGAUAUUACUGAUGAGAUUGAGACAGUUUUCAUACCAGGAAAAUUUGAAAAUGCUAAAGUUUCAAGAGAAAAGAAAAAGUUGUCAAAACUGUAUAAUUCUUAA